AUGCGCUUUUCGCGGGUAUCGCUCAUUCUUGCCGCAGGGUCCACUAUCAUACCAUACGUCAGUGCAUGGGGAGCGGUAGGUCAUGAAGUCGUCGCGACAGUCGCUCAGAUGCAUCUGCAUCCUUCAGUCAUGCCCAUUCUGUGUGACAUCUUGAACUACAAAGGGGACUGCCAUCUCGCUCCGGUUGCUGCCUGGGCGGACAAGGUCCGUGGUUUGCCACAGUAUAGGUGGACAGGCCCCCUUCACUAUAUUGGCGCAACGGAUGACUAUCCUAGCGAGACUUGCCUUUUUCCGGGAGAGAAAGGCUGGGAGGGUAGAAGGAAUAUCAACGUGCUUAGCGGCAUAAGGAAUACCACAAGUACUCUGGAGAGUUACAUGGGCCUGCGCAAAGCUGGCUUGACCACUGCGAGCGAUGAAGAUGCAGCACAAGUCGCACUCAAGUUUCUCAUUCACUUCGUCGGGGAUAUGCAUAUGCCAUUGCACCUCACAGGACGUGAUCGAGGAGGGAACGGAAUUAAAGUCUCAUUUGACAGUCGUGUAACAAACCUUCACUCUCUCUGGGAUGGCCUCCUCAUAGCCAAAAGAAUCCGCACAAUACCAUCCAAUUAUACCCGCCAUCUGCCACUUCCCGAAGUUGAGACUCACCUUCGGGGUACUAUUUACGACCCCUAUAUUCGCCGUAUCGUAUGGGAAGGCAUUAUGGGCAAGUACGAGAACGAGCUCGACUCAUGGCUUACGUGUCCCGCCGAACCCUCCGUCCAACUCCUCCAAACUCACUGGGAGCAAUGGUUAUCUUGGACUUUUGGGCGUCGCACAGGGUCUUGGAUUGUGGGGUCGCAUCUUACAGAUGGAGGUUUGAACACCGAUGAUGAAACCUUGUGUCCAUACCAUUGGGCAACUCCCAUUCACGCUCUGAACUGCCAGAUCGUGUUCCCGAAGGCCUUAGAUGAACCACCAUACAACCGUGUUUCCUUCUCUGAGGGUACUCACGAUCAUGCCUGCAACUCAUCCAAUCAAACUCUUGAAGUCCACUGGCUCACCAGGCCGAGGAAGAAUCCAUACCUCGAGCUCGACACGCCCGAGUAUUCCGGGGCAAUCGAGGAUGCAUGGAUUGUUGAGAAGCUGAUGUCUCAGGGUGGUAUUAGGCUUGCAGCUAUUCUCAAUUGGCUCUUCGCAGAUAUGGGGGACUCGACUAUCUCAAAUAGAACUUAUAUCUUGUAA